UGUCAGGACCAUGGUAUUUUGAAGUUAAGAGUGAGCGUAUAUAUUCGGGCUCCUCCUUCUUUCUUAUUCUUUUAGAGAGGGAGAUCCUUGGUAAUGGUGAAAAGCUUGUAUUCAAUUCCUUUUUCACUGUGUAUUCUUAUGGAGCCAUGAGAAUGGAGAUUCCAAAACAAAUGCAAGGAAUAAGAGGCCCUCAUCAUAGAAGAAGACAAUGGCUAUGGAUCAAAACAGUUGGAGAAGCUCCAAGUCUUAAUCCUUCUAAAAUGGAGCGUAGCUCUUGUAACAUUAUUGGAAGGUUUCAUGGGUUUAUCUGGUGUUUUGUUGUUGUUCUCGUUGUCUUUAGGCCGGGAUUUGUGGGGGCCAGGGUGCCGGGAAAUUGGGUUUCCGGUGAAAAGAUGGAUGGAGAAGAUUUUCCGGCGAACCAGACAUUGCACCCUGGAGAAGAGCUGGAGAAGUUGAAGAGGGUGAGAGACCAUUUGAGAAAGAUCAAUAAGCCGGCUGUGAAGACCAUUCAGAGUCCAGAUGGUGAUCUGAUCGACUGUGUAUACACUCAUCUCCAACACGCUUUUGAUCAUCCCAAAUUAAAAGGCCAAAAACCUUUGGAUCCACCCGAGAGAUCACGAGAGCACAGUGAUCCAUCAAGCUCCUCUUAUGAGGACGGUGAUCCCUUGAGCUUCCAGGUAUGGCGAACAACGGGUGAGUCAUGCCCUGAGAACACCAUUCCUAUACGCAGGACCACAGAAAGUGACCUGCUCAGGGCCAAUUCCGUCCAAAAAUUUGGAAGGAAACGCGGAAGAACCGCAUUCAGAGCAGUUAGGCGUGAUUCAACAAGCAGCAGCCACGAGCAUGCAGUAGGGUAUGUAUCGGGGCAGCAAUACUAUGGGGCGAAGGCGAGUCUAAACGUGUGGGCGCCGCAAGUAAAUAGCCAGAAUGAAUUCAGCCUGUCUCAGAUGUGGGUCAUCUCCGGCUCCUUUAAUAAUGAUCUUAACACCAUUGAGGCCGGCUGGCAAGUAAGCCCGGAGCUAUAUGGAGAUAAUUAUCCUCGGUUUUUCACUUAUUGGACUACUGAUGCAUAUCAGGCGACUGGGUGCUACAAUUUGCUCUGUUCGGGCUUUGUCCAAACAAACAACAUGGUUGCCAUUGGAGCGGCAAUUUCCCCGACUUCGUCAUAUAAUGGUGGCCAAUUUGACAUAAGUUUAUUGGUUUGGAAGGACCCCAACCAUGGGAAUUGGUGGCUAGAGUUUGGUGCAGGGCUCUUAGUGGGGUAUUGGCCUUCAUUUUUGUUUUCCCACUUGAGGGACCAUGCGAGCAUGGUACAAUGGGGAGGAGAAAUAGUAAACUCUCGCCCUAAUGGCCUCCACACCACAACCCAAAUGGGUAGUGGCCAUUUUGCGACUGAAGGCUUUGGAAAAUCCAGUUAUUUUAGGAAUUUACAAGUGGUUGAUUGGGAUAAUAGCUUGAUACCAUUGCCAAAUCUAAAGCUACUGGCGGACCACCCUAAUUGCUAUGACAUUCAAGGUGGGGUCAAUAGGGUUUGGGGCAACUACUUUUACUAUGGGGGACCAGGAAGAAAUGUAAGAUGCCCCUAAACUAACUCUCUCUCUCUAUCCUAUCUCUAUCUCUAUCUCAUCUCUUUCUCUCUCUAAACAAAUACAAGUGGUGUAUUCUAUUCAUCUCAUCCCUCUUUCUUAACCCUCUUUAUUUUCUUUUAAGAGAGGGAUCUCUCAUACUCCCUGGGUAUUGGGUUAUUUUAUUUUAUUUUUUAUUUCAAGUAUCGGAUUUGUCAUUUUCUUUUUAUUUGGGAGAUUGGUUGAUUUAUACCUCCUUUUGAUGAUGUGUACAUUUGAGAAAGAAAAAUAGUGAAAAUACGGUGGUUUGUGGCUC